AUGCUAUUCUCUGCUCUUACUCUAGGCCUGGCUUGCCUUGCUAACAUUGGUGGUGUCUUUGCGAGGCCAACCCCCAAUGGUGACUCUUCCCGCCCUGUGCCAAACGGUGGCUAUAAGACAGUUGGGUACUAUGCUGAUUGGGACAUCUAUGGGCGCAACUUCCAUCCGCAGAAUCUAGAGGGAGACCAAUGGACUCAUAUCCUUUACUCCUUUGCCGGCAUAUCCCCUGAGGGCGAAGUCUUCUUUAAGGACUCCUCCAACACUCAGAAAAUCUACGAUGGGGAUAACCAAAGUCUUCAGGGCAACAAUCUCUUCGGCUCCCUUAAGCAGAUGUACUUGAUGAAGCAGAAGAACCGUCAGAUGAAGACCCUUGUUUCCAUUGGAGGAUGGACCUACAAGGAAUCAUUCAGUGGACCUGCUAGCACUGAUACUGGACGCCAAACCUUCGCCAAGUCAGCUGUCAAGAUGCUUGCGGACUACGGUUUUGACGGCAUUGACGUCGAUUGGGAGUACCCUGCAGAUGAGAAGCAGGCUGGAGACUUUGUCAUGCUCCUCGCUGAAGUUAGAAAGGCACUGGAUGAGUACUCCAAGUCUAUUGGAGAUGGAUACAAGUAUCUCCUCACCGUCGCCUCCCCAGCCGGUAUGUCUCUUGAAAUUCUUAAUACGUAUGUGGAAGGUCUAACAAAAUCGCUUAUAGGUGCCUCGCACUACAAUGUCAUGAAACUCGGUGAAAUGGACAAAUACCUCGACUUCUGGAACUUGAUGGCCUAUGACUACUCCGGUGGCUGGGAUCAAACCUCUGGACACAGUGCCAACCUCUUUUCUUCUACUACUGACAAGACAGCUACCAAGUUCAAUACCCAAGAUGCCCUCCUCGCUUACUAUAAGGCCGGUGUUAAGCCUGAGAAGAUUGUUCUCGGAAUGCCACUUUAUGGUCGCGCCUUUACCAGCACUGAGGAGAAGCCAGGUGCUUCAUUCAGCGGUGUGGGCGAAGGUAGCUUCGAGAAUGGUAUCUGGGACUACAAGUCCCUCCCACAACCAGGCGCCAAGGUUGUAGAAUGUGAGCAGGAAGUUGCCAGCUACAGCUAUGACCCAGCCAAGAAGCUCUUCAUCAGCUACGAUACUCCUAAGAUUGCUGGAAUGAAGGCCAACUAUCUCCGUCAAAUGGGCCUUGGCGGCACCAUGUGGUGGGAGACUAGCGGCGACAAGCCAAAGAGCGAAGGCAGUCUUGUUGAAACUGUUAUCGAGCGCCUUGGAGGCCGCGAGAAAAUGGACAAGAGCCAGAACCAGCUCAACUACCCACAAUCGCAAUACGACAACAUCAAAAACCAAAUGAAAAUGUAA